UCCGCGAGCAAGGAGCGCCGCGAGGAGAGCGAGAGAACAAAGUGGGCUUUGGUGAUGUUGGAAUUUGCACCUAUUUGUAUCUAUUUAGUGAUCAGUCCGCUAGUUUUUUUGAUUCCACUCGGUGUUCCUUUUCCAUUUGCUUCUAAUAGUUCGACCUAUCCAGAAAAAUUGUCGGCCUACGAAUGUGGUUCCGAUCCCUCCGGUGAUGCCAGAAGUCGUUUUGAUAUACGAUUUUAUCUGGUUCCUAUUUUAUUUAUUAUCCCUGAUCCGAAAGUCACCUUUUCUUUUCCUUGGGCAGUACCUCCUAACAAGAUUGAUCUAUUUGGAUCUUGGUCCAUGAUGGCCUUUUUAUUGAUUUUGACGAUUGGAUCUCUCUAUGAAUGGAAAAGGGGUGCUUCGGAUCGGGACUAA